GCUAUCACACUACCCAAAAAAUCCAACUGUGCAAUUCGCCGUGAAAAUGUGUGAUUGAAAUGAUUUGACACUUGAAGUGGUUGGUAAGAUAUAUACCAAAUUAAUAUCCUCUCCAAACCGCCGUCACCAAAUCCCAAAGCCCAAAAAACACCCUAGAAAUUUUUACCGAACGCACUAAAUCGCCACCACCUCACAUUCCCUCGCGAUUCCACGCCAAAGAAUCCAUGAUACCAAAACGUGAUAUAUUCUCCCUAUAUUAUUCUUUACAAAAUAAAAUGCCCAAUCAUCUAAAAACAUUAAAAAGAAAGAGAUGACAAGUACCACCUCGCACAAUGGCAUUGCCCCAACAAACCCCGCCUUAGAAAUAAAUCCCCUCACUCUCUUCUCCAUCGCGCAGAAAGAAAAACGACCUCUCUAUACCUGUGCGCCUAUGGUGCGCUAUAGUAAACUAGCUUUUCGCGAAACGGUCGCGCAGUAUGGAGUGGAUCUUUGUUGGACCCCGAUGAUUUUGGCAAAAGAAUUUAAUCGCAGUGUUUUUGCACGUGAUUCGGAUUUCACAACAUCCCCCACUUCCGGCCCAACCAUCGCCCAAUUCGGCGUCUGUUCCCCCCUCGAAAUCUCCCGCUCCACCACCCUCCUCGCCCCCUACGUAAACGGCGUAGACAUAAACUGCGGAUGUCCACAAUCGUGGGCUUGCGCCUGCUCCAUCGGCGCCGCAUUAAUGCACAAGCGAGAACUCGUCGCGGAAAUGGUCAAGGAAGCAAAAAGUGCAUUGAAGAGAGAUGGGUAUGAGGGAAAGAAAACAGUCAGUGUUAAGAUUAGGAUUCAUCGGGAUUUACGCGAAACAAUCGAUUUCAUCAAAACCGUCCAAGACGCCGGCGUAGACUUCAUCACCAUCCACGGCCGCAUGCGCUCAACCCCCUCCUCACACCCCGUAAAUCUCGAAGCCAUCAAACUCCUCACAACCCAUACCACAGUACCUACCCUCUCCAACGGCGACAUCUUCACCCUCUCCGACGCCUUCCAUCAUACCGCGCACACCGGUGUCUCGGGCGUCAUGUCCGCCCGCGGCCUUCUCGAGAAUCCCGCCCUCUUUGCAGGCUACACGUCAACACCCUGGGAAUGCGUCGAUGUCUUCAUGAAUCAGGUGCUCAAACAACCUAUACCGUUUAAACUCGUGGUGCAUCAUUUGAGCGAAAUGUGCGGCACCGAUCGUUCGCAGAAUGGGGGGAAUAAUGGGUUGUUGGGGAAGGAGGAGAGGAUGAGGUUGAUGGAGUGUAGGGAUAUGGUGGAUGUGAUUGAUUUGAUGGAUGAGGUGAGGGGGUUGCGGAGGUUAUAGAUUUAAAGAGUCAUUUAUUCAUAGAUAGAAAUGAUGGAUGAAUAUUCAAGAUUUAAAAGGGUCUUCAUUUUUUCUUUCUUUUUUGUAACAUGUAUUCCAUUCAUUAUAUUCUACAACCACAAAAGAAAUU